GGAGAUAACAUGGGCAGAAGAGAGAAUGAGACUACUGUGACCGAAUUCAUCCUGCUGGGCCUCUCGAGUAACCCUCAGACGAAGAUUGCCCUCUUUGGUCUCUUUCUACUCAUCUACUUCAUCACUGUGGUGGGCAACGGUCUCCUCCUCCUGCUUGCUGUAGUGGAUCCCCACCUGCACACCCCCAUGUACUUCUUCCUUGGCAACCUGUCUUUCCUUGACAUCUGCUAUACUACCAGCACCAUCCCUCAGAUGUUGGCUCAUUGCCUGUCAGCCAAGACCACCAUUUCCCAUUCUGGCUGUUUUGCCCAAAUGUACAUCUCCCUCUUCUUGGGGACGACGGAAUGCCUCCUGCUGGCAAUGAUGUCCUACGACCGCUGGGUGGCUGUUUGCAACCCCCUGCGCUACAAUACCAUCAUGAGCAAUAAGGUUUGCACUGCUAUGGCAACCAUUUCAUGGGGCAGCUCCUUCCUCCUGAUCCUGGUACCUUCUCUCACCUCACAGGCCUCUCUAUGUGGGCAUAAUGUUAUCAACCACUUUCUGUGUGAGGUCCAGGCUAUGCUCAAGUUGGCCUGCUCAGAUACUAGUGGAAACCAGUUGAUCAUGUUUGCCAGCAGCAUCCUUACUCUGCUUCUUCCCUUCGGCUUCAUCUUGGUCACCUACGCCCGUAUUAUCACCACUGUGUUGAAAAUGCAAUCCACAGAGAACAGGGCCAAGGCCUUCUCAACCUGUAGUUCGCAUCUCAUGGUGGUCACCAUUUUCUAUGGAACAGCCAUGUCAAUGUACCUACAGCCUCAGACCAAGACAUCCUCAGAUCUAGACAAAUACAUUGCCAUAUUCUAUUGUACCAUCACACCCAUGUUGAAUCCACUGAUUUACAGCUUAAGGAAUAAGGAUGUGAAACAAGCUUUCAAGAAAGUGACAGGGAGGAAGAGAGACCUCUGA